ACUAAACAGCUGGAUUCUUGUACAGAAGUGCGAACGUAUUUUAAACCUCUAAGUUUCAUUUUACUUUAUUUUUUUGAGUGUUCAAAGACGAAUUAUUGUAGCUGUAUAUUAUCACAUUUUUUUUUUUUUAAGUCGAGCAUCUACGGUUAUACCCAAUAUGUUGACAAUUUUUUCGAAGUGUAGCUUGCCUAAAAAAGCAAGUUCACAUACUAUUCGUCAGCUAUCGUCGGUCAAUUUUGAUAUUCAACAUAAGCAUCCCCAGGCCCGAAAACAAGUCGGAUUGCCCAGAGCCAGAUAUGGAGGAAGAAAUGCAGUCACUAUGUUGCCAGGUGGAGGUAUUGGACCAGAGUUGAUGAGUUAUGUAAAAGAAGUCUUUUUACAUGGUGGUGUACCAGUCGAUUUCGAGACAAUUCAGAUCGAUCCGCAAAGUGAUAAUAAUGAUGAUUUGCAAUACGCCAUUAUGUCCAUUCGUAGAAAUGGUGUGUGCAUUAAAGGUAACAUUGAAACACGCAGUCUCGAUACUGCUAUCAUUUCACGUAAUGUUGCCAUUCGUAACGAACUCGAUUUAUUUGUGAAUGUUAUAAAUGUACAAUCAUACAAUAACGUACCAAGUCGUCACAAGAAUGUUAAUGUAAUUGUUAUACGGCAGAAUACUGAAGGUGAAUAUGCAAUGUUAGAACAUGAAAGUGUCGAAGGUGUAGUUGAAUCCAUGAAAGUCAUUACUGAAGAAAAUUCUACAAGGUUAGCUCGUUACGCAUUCGAGUUAGCCAAAAACAAUGGUCGCUCUAAAGUCACAGCAAUCCACAAAGCUAACAUUAUGAAAUUAUCAGAUGGAUUAUUUUUGGAAACUUGCAAAAAUAUGUCCUUAAAUUACCCAGAUAUUAAAUUUGAACACAUGAUUAUUGACAACUGUUGCAUGCAGCUGGUAUCUAAUCCACAUCAGUUUGACGUGAUGGUUAUGCCUAACUUGUAUGGUUCGAUUGUGUCAAAUGUAAUUUGUGGUCUUGUUGGUGGUGCUGGCCUAAUAUCCGGAAGAAACUAUGGUGAUCAUUAUGCAGUUUUUGAGCCAGGCACCAGAAACACUGGUUCAUCUAUUGCAGGUACCAAUACUGCGAAUCCAGUUGCAAUGUUAAGUGCGUCUGCUGAUAUGUUAGAACACUUAGGUCACAAAGUGCAUUGUGAUAUUAUCAGAACAGCUAUAUCUAAGACUCUCAAUGAAGACAUGGUACAUACAGCUGAUUUAAAUGGCACUGCUAAAAGUACUGAUGUUGUACAUAAUGUUAUUAAACAUGUAAAAAGUCUUGCGGGUAGAAUUUAAUAAUUAUUUUUAUUAUACUAUUAUGCAAGAAAUUUAAAAUUAUUAUUGUUUUUGAAGAUAAAUACUGAGAAAAUACUUUUUUUAUCCAACAUCCUAUGCACAAAUUUUCUCUAACCUAACCCAUGAGUCAUUAAAUAAUAUGUUAUUCAUAAUUCAUUGAUGUGUUUUUAUUAUUUAAUUUAACUAAAUCUAUCAAACAAUAGAUUUAUAUUAGUGUAGAUGCAUAC